AUGAUUCGUAGUGUUGCAAGCGAGCCAAAACAAGCCAGUGAAGUCCCUCCAGUGGCCAGCCCUUUGGCCGAUACCGACGUCCUUUCUGUUGCCUCGAGCGUUAAAUAUCACCAGGAUUUCACGCCGCUUUACUCCCCGGCUGCAUCGUCCUCACCUCAAGCUGCAUACGUUGCCACAGCACAGAGCAUCCGUGACACUCUUAUUGAGCGGUGGAAUGAGACCGCUGACCACUUUAACAAAGCCAAUGGGAAGGAGGUCGCUUACAUAUCGAUGGAGUUUCUUCAGGGCCGCGCUUUGAUCAAUGCGUUGGGUAAUUUGGAGCUCACUGGUGCUUACGCUGAUGCCCUGAAGAAGCUUGGGGUGUCUCUUGAGGACCUUGUUGAGCAGGAGCCGAAUGCUGCUCUGGGUAACGGUGGUCUUGGACGUCUCGCUUCAUGCUUCCUUGAUUCGAUUGCCACACUGAACUAUCCUGGCUUCGGUUAUGGCCUGAGGUACAAGUACGGCCUGUUCCGUCAGGAGAUCACUGAAGACGGUCAAAAGGAGUACGCAGAGAAUUGGCUGGAGACCGAGUACCCGUGGGAGGUGGUUCGUAACGAUAUUCAUUAUCCUGUCAAAUUCUUCGGUCAUGUUGAAGACGGUCCUGAUGGCAGGAAGAAGUGGGUUGGAGGCGAGAACAUGAAGGCCCUUGCAUACGACCUCCCUAUUCCAGGAUACAAGACCAAGAACACGAUCAGCUUGCGCAUGUGGUCGACUGAGAUUCUGGCUUCUGACUUCGAUUUGGCGGCAUUCAACGCUGGCGAAUAUGAUCGCGCUGUUGCUGGACAAGCCACUGCCAACCAGAUCUGCGCGGUUCUUUACCCCGGGGAUGGAUCUUACGAGGGCAAGUUGCUCCGUCUUAAGCAGCAGUACCUCCUUUGCUCGGCCUCUCUGCAGGAUAUCCUAGCUCGGUUUGAGUCUAGGAACGGCCCGAACUGGCAGCUGCUGCCCCAGAAGGUAGCUUUGCAGAUGAAUGACACACAUCCCACUCUCGCUGCUCCUGAGCUUAUGAGGAUUCUGGUCGACGAGAAGGGUCUCAGUUGGGACGAGGCCUGGAAGAUCACGCAGGGAACUGUCGCCUACACGAAUCAUACUGUGCUCCCCGAAGCUCUGGAGAAGUGGUCCCAGGAUCUGGUCAAGAAGCUGCUGCCGCGUCAUUUCCAGAUCAUCCAACGCAUUGACGAAGAGUUCAUUGAUCUCGUGGUGAAGACUGUUGGUCUUGGAGACCUUCCGCUGUUGGUGAAGAAGAUCAACAGCAUGCGCAUUCUUGACGGAUCCGAUUUCCCUUCCAAAGUGAAGGCCCUUAUUGAGGCGAAGCAGAAAGAGAACGAGGAAGCUGAAGCAGCUGCCGAGGCUGCUGCAAAGGCUGCUGCUGUGGCCAAGGCAGCCGAGAACGGUACUGAAGUUGAGAAGGAACCGAAAAAGGCCAAGAAGGACAAGGAGGAGCUGCCGUUUGUGAAAGGUCCGGAGGUGGUGCGCAUGGCCAACCUUUGUGUGAUUGCUGGGCAUGCUGUGAAUGGCGUGGCGGAGAUUCACAGUGACAUUGUGAAGAACGAGGUCUUCAAUGACUUCUACCAACUUUGGCCGGAAAAGUUCCAGAACAAGACCAAUGGCGUAACUCCUCGUCGGUGGAUGAAGUUCUGCAACCCUGAGCUCAGUGCUGUCAUCACCAAGUGGUUGGGCUCUGACGAUUGGGUUCUGAAUGCUGACAAGCUUUCCGGCCUUGCUAAGUUCGCUGACAACGCGGAUCUCCAAAAGGAGUGGGUUGCUGCCAAACGUGCCAGAAAGGAGAUUCUGGCCGCUUGGAUCAAGGAGAAGACUGGUUAUACGAUCAACCCCGAUGUCAUGUUCGACAUCCAGGUCAAGCGCAUUCAUGAAUACAAGCGGCAGCUCCUCAACAUUUUGGGAGUUGUGUAUCGUUACAAGAAAAUGAAGGAGAUGUCCCCAGAGCAGCGCCGUGCUCGCUUUGCACCCCGUGCAGUGAUCUUUGGGGGCAAGGCUUUUGCCACAUACGUUCAGGCGAAGCGGAUCGUGAAGUUCAUCUGUGAUGUGGCGAAGACUGUGAACAAUGACCCUGAAAUUGGUGACCUGCUCAAGGUGGUUUUUGUUCCUGAUUACAAUGUCAGUGUGGCAGAGGUCCUGAUUCCAGCAAGUGAACUGUCCCAGCACAUCAGCACUGCUGGCAUGGAAGCAAGUGGAACCAGCAACAUGAAGUUUUCCAUGAAUGGUUGUGUCCUUAUCGGCACUUUGGAUGGUGCAAACGUGGAGAUCCGCGAGGAGGUUGGGGAGGAUAAUUUCUUCCUCUUCGGUGCCCGGGCUGAAGAGAUUGCAGGCCUACGCAUUCAGCGUGCUGAGGGCAAGUUUGUUCCUGACCCCCGGUUCGAGGAGGUGAAGGCAUAUGUGCGCUCAGGUGUUUUCGGCUCGUACAACUAUGAUGAACUGAUGGGUUCGUUGGAGGGCAACGAGGGAUAUGGCCGGGCCGAUUACUUCCUUGUGGGCUAUGACUUCCCCUCGUACAUUGAAUGCCAGGAGAAGGUGGAUGAGGCCUACCGCAAUCAGGAGAGGUGGACUCGGUCUUCCAUCCUCAACACUGCCUUCUCUGGCAAGUUCAGCAGUGACCGAACCAUUCGUGACUACGCAAACGAGAUCUGGGGACUGGAAUCAUCACCCGUGGCAUGA